UUUAUGUCUCUGGGAGUGGUUCGAUUCAAAAACACUUGAGUAGGUGAUGAUCCUCUGGCGGCGUUUACACUGCUGGGAUUCCAUUUCUUAACUCUUGAAUUCUUUAAUUUUUGGUGGUGAUGGGAGAGACCAAAAAGACUCAUCUUGCUGGUUUCACAGCUGUGUAAGGGUAAGAGAAACUGAGAAACCCCAGCAAAUUUACAUGAGCCAUGAACUCAAAAUUAUCAUGUCUAAAAACCCACAGGGACAAACCUCAUCAAGAUAAAACAGCAACAUCAUUUCCACCACCUCAACCACCCACCUAGAGAAAACAUCUUCCUUGUCAGGAGUACUGUAGUAUAAGAGAAGACAAGGUCUUGUCGAGCUGGGGAAGAAGAAGAAGAUUUUGGGAAACCGGGAGAUGACCAGUGGAAAAGAGUGGGUGCUUUUAUACAAGUAUUGAGUUGAUGAUGAUGAUGAUGAGGCAAGGAGGAGGUUUUGGAGGCACGAGGUGCCAAGACUGUGGGAACCAGGCCAAGAAAGAUUGUGCUUACAUGAGGUGCAGGACUUGUUGUAGGAGCAAAGGCUUUGAAUGCCAAACUCACAUCAAGAGCACUUGGGUUCCUGCCUAUCGAAGGCGUCAGAGGCACCAACAGCUGUCUUCUGUUCCUCAACAGCGCCACCUCCCCAUACACAACCCUAAAAGGCUUAGGGAAAAUCCUUCCUCAACAGGGUUGGAACUCGGAAAUUUUCCGGCUGAAGUGACUUCUCCGGCCACAUUUCGUUGUGUUCGAGUGAGCUCCAUUGACGACGCAGCUGAUCAGUAUGCUUACCAGACGAUUGUGAAUAUUGGAGGGCAUGUGUUUAAGGGUAUUCUCUAUGAUCAAGGCCCUGCAGAAGGUCACCAUCACACAGUAGGCGAAUGCUCCUCUCGAGAGACACAGCAGCCAAAUCAAAUCAAUGCUGCUGCUCUAACAACGGCUACCACUACAACUUCAACUACUUCGGUUGCUGCAGAAACUCUUCUUCCUUUUGCAUAUGCAUCUCCCUUUAAUGCUUUCAUGUCAGCUGGAAUCUUAGCUAUAUUCCAAAUACAUCACCUCUGAAGGAACAUGCAAAAGGAUUGAG